AUGUUGCCGUGCAUCCCACGCAACCCAUUGUAUACUGCAAGUGACCCAUUGUACGCCCUAAGCAAUCCGCCGUACAGCUUGAUUGACUACAACAGUGAGGACCCAGUCGACCCUUUGAAUCAUAGCAUCAGCUAUGAUACAUUGCUGGAUAAUCACUUGGUCAACAACAUGGAUAACGGCUACGAAGCCUCAGGCAGUCAACUAAGCUUUGAGCCUGAUACAGAGUCUAAGUACUUACCUGCAACGGUAAGACAGCUAGAUGAGGGGCACGCUAAGCUUAAGACUCGUCAAGGCCAGGCAACGGUUAGCUCUCAACGCUUCCAAACCAGGCUAUCAUACAACCGCCGCAACAAAUCAGUUGCAGAGAGUCCAGAUUUAAGCAAGCACUCACCAACAAUUGCAGUGCAGCUGGACAAAUGGUUAGUACAGCCUAGAACAUGGCAGCAUGAGGAGACUACUAGCUCCCGACGUUUGCCAGAACAGGUUACAUUGCACAACAGCCGUAGUCCAUCAGCAACUAGCAGUCCAGAACUAAGGAAGUACUUACCGUAUUUGCCUGAUACCCCCGCGUACGCAAUUACAGAUAAGGAAAUAGCAGACUAUUUGUUUCAGCCUGCUAGUGCCGGACUUAUCUCUGAGACCCAAUUGGACCUGGAAAUUAGCCAAGCCAGAAGAACACUUUGGCGGUUAGCACGCAACUUAUAUAAUCUACCCAUGCCAACUCAGCAAGACAGUUACACUCCAAACCAAUCAUGUGAAACAUGGGCCACGCAUUUAUUUGAGUUACUAGAUAUAGUUACUACAUUCAGACCAACUUGCGUCAUCACUAACAAGUUAAUUCCUGCCCAAGACAUACACUACUGGCCCAAAUAUGGUGAACUUCACAUCGCCUAUAAUAGUCUAGUUGCUAAGACCAUUCGGAAAUCAAAUGAAUUGGACUUACUGCUUCUAACACCAGAAUGGCUGGCAUCCAAAUGCUUGUUCGACGCAUGCGCGUUCAAAGUAGCUGCUGUUAGCUUUAGGGAUCAAAUGGAACAAUCAAUCCAAAGGUUGCACGACAUACUUACUAAGUCUAUAACAGUUCAAGACUUGCCUCAUAAGUCAUCGACUAAUCAUUUACCCGCAACAAAUCAUCCACAAGGUGAUCCACAACCAAUGGAGCAUCUAGAUCAGCAUACAAGUCCUAGCGCAAACAUUAAGUACAUGUAUGCGUCAGCAGGAAGUACCAUUAACAACCUUGAAACGGUUAAGGGUACUCAGUCUAAUCAUUUGACCAUGAGUUUGAGCUCCUACUCAUUGCUCAACAACUCUCAGCCGUCUACUCCUCUUGACUUGGAAGAUGUAUCUGUGUCGACACCUACAUUUACUCUAGAGGGUGACAAUAGUUCGACAUUGCCCAUCUGGAAGUCAGUCAGCAAAUUGUUGCCCAUCCUUGAUCAUAAGAUACCAAUAGAAGCCGUAAAAGACAUUGCAUCUAAUGAACAGCUAAGCGACCUAUUAGUCAACAAGUUAGCUCAGCCUUUAGUUACAAUUAAAAAACGCAAUGGUAUCACAUCAGGAAAGGAGAGCUUAGCCAAAUCUGUUAAGCAAUCAGACAACGAGUCAAUGCUGAUGACGCGCGACCAGUUCAGAAGUACUACACCACUGCUAGAUGAAGCAUUGUGUGAUCUGGUACACAUAAACAGCCAUCACUCUGUUGGUAACCUUAGUCAAUUGCAUGCAUUGGUUACAACUAGUACUGCGAAUGGAAUCACUAAGCAUACAGGAACGCCGUCUAACCUUACUAGUCAUGGUCCUACUAGCACAGAUACUCACAUAUCUAAUACACAUGAUAAGCGGACUAUAAUUAACAAGUUAAACUAUAAGGAAGCAACUCCUAAGCCAAUUAGCGGAUUGUUGACUUCUCAAGCUAGUCAUUCACCGGAUGAAUUCCAUGUGGCAACUAUUCCGUCUUCAUCUAUGAACCAAACAAGCAAUCGACGCUUUGCAUAA